AUGAUGAACCAGCGGCGUGGGAUCCAUCUGGACCAAUCAGAGCUGCUUUGCAAGAAGGGAUGUGGUUUUUAUGGCAACACUGGUUGGCAGGGCCUGUGCUCGAAGUGCUGGCGAGAGGAAAAUCAGCAAGAAAAGCAAAAACAGAUUAAAGAAGACUGGGCACUUGCUGAGAGGCUGCAGAGAGAGGAAGAGGAAGCGUACGCAAGCAGACAUCAGAAGGCCCAAUCACAAUCUACCAUCACACCCUUCAGCAAAUUUGAGGAAAGAAAAACUAAGGAAAAGUCCAGCAAAGUCCACACAGUCACAAAGUUUUUUACUCCUUCCACCAAAACACCCCCCAAAAAAGAUGCUUCUCCUUUUGAAGCGCAGUCCAGCCCAAGCCCCAGCUCCUCUUCAAGCCGUCAUUCUUCUGUGGACAGUGACCAUGCAACGCGAGAGUUCAUUGAUUUUCUCAAACCUCUGAAGUCUGGCAGAGAGAUUUUCAAACAGUGCCGUGCCUUCACUGAGAGCAUGGUCUAUAAGCGAGACAUGGGUGCUGAUGAGCUCUCAGAGUGUGUGCAGGACUUCUACCAGAACCUCUCUGACCGCCUCCAGACCCAGUUUAAAGGUUCAUCAGAUCAUGUUGAGAGCGUUAUGGAUGAAGUAGAGAAGUACAUGAUGACUCGUCUCUACAAGGAGGUCUUCUGUCCUGAGACCACAGAUGAUGAGAAGAAAGACCUGGUCAUUCAGAAGAGAAUCAGAGCCUUGCAUUGGGUCACCAUUGAGAUGUUGUGUGUUCCUGUGAAUGAGGAGAUCCCUGAGGUGUCUGACAGUGUAGUCAAAGCCAUCACAGAUGUGAUUGAAAUGGAUUCGAAGCGCGUGCCCAAGGACAAGCUGGCGUGCGUCACCCGUUGCAGCAAGCACAUCUUCAACGCCAUUAAAAUCAGCAAGAAAGAGGCUGCCUCUGCGGAUGACUUUCUCCCGACGCUCAUCUACAUUGUGCUGAAAGCUAACCCUCCACGACUGCAGUCCAACAUCCAGUAUAUCACCCGCUUCAGCAACCCCAGCAGACUCAUGACCGGAGAGGAUGGUUACUACUUCACUAACCUGUGCUGUGCAGUGGCCUUCAUCGAGAAGCUGGACGGCCAGUCUCUGAACCUAAGCUCUGAGGAGUUUGAGCUCUACAUGUCAGGGCAGGCAUCCCCCCACUGGCCACAGGCCACUGGAGCUUCCUCAAGCUCCCCAGGCAGCACAGCUCUCACUCAGGUCCACAAACGGCUGGACAUGCUAACAGGGCUCGGAGAAAGGCAGGAGCGGGUCAUGGAGAAGGCUCGCCAGCUGGAGAGCGAUCUCAUCGACUGGACGGACGAAGUGGAGCAGAAGGUACAGAGCGUUCUGGAGAGCUUUCCACCAGAGACGCAAAAUCCUUCUGCCACAACAGCCAGUGGGACAACAUCUGCCGCAUCAUCAGCAAUUGACGCUGAUAACGUUGAGAAUGAGCUCCUGCCGCCACCACUGCAACCGCAAGUGUUUGCUGGUUGACAUGAAGACAUGAAGAUAAAAAUCCUCUAGAGGCUUUACUCCAACCUCCUUCUUUACCCUGCUGUUUAACUUUGCUGUCCCUAUGCACAUACAGCAGCAGCAUUCGAUAUGGAGCCCAUUUCCACCCCGGCCAUCUCUGUUCCAUCUAUCCAUUGUGUAGAGGCCCCGGAGCUACACAGAGCAGGAACAGAACUAUUGAGUUAAAAGAAUAUGGGAAGCACACUUUGGCUUUCUUGCGGUGUUAGAUAAGAAGAUCAAUAAGAACUCUCAUGUCUGUAAAGUAAAUGUGAACCUUUAGCCCUUAGCUUAGCAUAAAGGCAAAAAAUGCGGGGGCUAGUAAUGUCUAGUAACAAAAAUCUUCCUACUAGCGUCUCUAAGGCUCACAAAUAAACACAGUUUGUACAAAGGUUACAUCUCGCAGGCAUGUGAGUAGUUUCAAUCUUCUCAUCUAACUUUCAGCAAGAAAGUGAAUAAAUGUUUCCCAAAAAGUCCCAGAGACAGCCACCGAGGGCAAGUACACUCCAAGCAUGAAAAGUAAAGGAUCCAGUGCAGCAUCUGCGGCAUGCUCUUACUGCUGCUUCCUCCAACGUGAGAUGUGCAGGGAAACCUUGGCGUCCAGGAGGCAUCCUGACGAGAUACCCCGACCACCUCAACAUGCUCCUUUUCAAUGUAAAGGAGCUGGCUGACUCCACUCCAAGUUCUUCCUGAACACAUCUGUUGGUCACCCGCAAUGGCAUCUUCAGUACCUCAGUACUUCUUCAUCCUUAUCAUUGUUCUUCAGACGUGAUAAAUGGCUGGAUGUGAUUUGUAAACAUGUUUGUGUCAUUAUUCACAGGUUUUUGUUACUAUGUUGUGAUGUCUCCAGAUGUAAAUUAACAAGUGGAGGAUCAACUUGACACGCAGAACCAUACUGCCCAAGUAACCUCUAAUAACACGAAUAACAGGAAUUAUCAGUAAUAUGUGAUUUUUGGAAAAGGAAAUUGAGAAAUCAGAAUAUUGCAGAACUUACCUUCCCCAUACUAAAAUAACCCUCCAGCUCAUGCUUGUGAUUUGUGCUACAUUUACUGUGUAUUUCCCUGUCCUGCAGAGAAAUAUCCAGAAAGAGAUGCGUGUGUGCGUGUGCAUGUGCGUGCGUGCGUGUGUGUGUGUGCGUGUGAGAGAGAAUAUAAGGGUGCUGCAUGGACAUGUUCCGUUAGUGUCGAUGAAUCAUAAAGCUGCGUGUGUAUGGAUAUUGUAGUCUUGUUUUCACUCCAGUCAUAAGCUGGAUGGACAGAAGUGAUUUUAUUUUUCUAUAGAGUGGCAGAUAUCAAUUCUUUUGGAUGCAAUAGGAAAUAUUAAUCCUGUAAUAUUUACAGUAGUAAAGAACAUUGCUUGAAGACAUGUUACAUGAAUUCUAAUGAUUGAAUAGUCAAAUUUUCAUCUAUUUGUUUAUCUUCUCAAAAAUGUGUCCUAAGCAUGCCCUAUCAAAAAAAAAAAAAAUCUGUUAAGAUGAUUUGGAGGAUUUAAAAAAAAAAAAUUGUUUUUGAUUAAGUAGGUAAGAAGACAACGACACUGUUUCCCAAGACAUAGAAAUUACUCUGGGUUGCUUUGCUAGCGCAGAAUAAUCAACAUAACAUGACCAAUGUCAUUUAUUUUGAAGCACUUUUCUUUUGUUUGAUUUUAAAGCUUUUAAUUUAUAAGUACAUUUAAUGAAGGAAAUUAUUGGUUAUAUUCAUUUGAAGGGAUAAUUGGUUGGUGUUGUGGGCUGUUGCUACACAGACGUACGUCAACUGUCUUUGGCAGUCUUGUAGUGUAAGAAAUGUUUGGGAGAGUUGUGUUUGUUUUUGUUACCUAGAUUUGAAUCUUUUUGUUCUUAUUUGCAACAGUAUAGUCUGUGUGAAGUUGCUGUCCAGUUUUAGUUUGAGGAGACUUUUAAUGCAAACCUUAACAAUAGCUUGAAUAACUCCAUAUUGCACUGUAUGCAGAAGCCAUUUAUCAGGUAUUUUAAAGAAGUUUAAAACAUCAUCUUUGUAACCUUAUAGGUUUGUUAUUGUAUCACUUGGGAGAAAGUAACUCAAUACUGUCUUUUAUUUAAAUGUAACUUAUUGGGGCAGUAUUGGUUUAUUUGCAUCUAUGGGUGUGUGAUGCAGAUUAAUAAAAAUUAAAAAUGCA